AUGAAGCCCAUUCACGCCCUCUUGCCGGGCCUUAUGGCUGUCAGCCAUGUUGCUGCGGCACCCCAGCAGGCUGUCCUUGACGCGUUGUCCAAACCAUCCACCAAGCCUGUAGGAGUCGGCCACUUCAGCGAAUGGAGCCGCCAGACCAAGAAGGAGUUUUUGAUCGAUUGGCAAGCUGGAAAAGAGUCGGAAUGGAUUUUGGUCCAGGGCAAUGAGGGCGGUGACAUGGACUCGAUGACUGCAGCUCUGACCUGGGCAUACCACCUCGAACAUGCCACCAUGAACACCUCCAACCCUCUCAAGGCCAUUGCCCUGCUGCAGACCCCGUCCCAUGCCCUUGAUCUGAGGCCCGAGAACAAGCUGGCCCUGGACAAUUCGCAAAUGACGCCUGGCCACGAGGACCUACUGACACUGGACGAACUGCCCGAAGAUCCAGAGACAUUGAGCACCAAGCUCAAGGGCAUUGUCCUCGUCGACCACUCGGAACCCCUCAAGAAAUGGUCAGCCGCCAAGAUUCUGAGUAUUUUUGACCACCACAAAGACCGUGGUACCGCGCCAGACGCUGAUCCCCGUGUCUUUGAGACGGCGGCGAGUUGCACAACCCUCGUCGCCCGUCAAAUGCUCGACGAGUUGGAGAAGCUGGACGAAGAAUACCACAUGCCACACGAGCUCCUCGAACUCAUUCUCAGCGCCAUUGCCAUUGACUCUGGCGGCCUCACAGGCGACAAGACCACCAAAGCCGACAUUGAGAUUUCCAAGCGCAUCCUCGCACGCAGCAACUGGAGGGACGACGACCUCAAAGACGUCAUGGAGGACCUCGACGACGAGCUCACCAAAGCCCAAAAGGACAUUGACAACCUCGGCCUCUACGACCUCCUCCGCCGCGACUGGAAGUCCGACGCGAUCGACACGCCUUCUCCACGCACUCCCGCCAUAAGCGUCGGCUUCGCAUCCAUCCCUUACUCCAUGGACGAGCAAAUCCUCAAGACGGAGUUCCAAGAGCUAUUCGACUGGUUCGCCAUCCACGCUGCCUGGACCGCCCAAGCCAACGUCGAUGUCUCCGUCUCAAUCAACAAGUACAAGAAGCACUACAAAGACGGCUCCAAGGAGAAAAUCAGGGAAAUCGUACUUGUUGUCCGCGACGAUGUCCGGAUUGAUCAGGACCAAGCAAAUUCGCUCUUCGAGCUUGUCAAGGACGCCAUUGAAAAUAACAAUGAGGGAGUUGAUUUCCAGCCGUGGCACAGGGCGGAUGAGUUGGCGCCGAGACAGAUGGUUUGGCAGCAUAGAUCGGAUGCGGGUAGGAAGGUCAUUAAGCCGCUUGUCGAGGAAGCUAUCAUGGAAUGGGACUGA